AGUGCUUUGAACUUGUGUAAUGCGCUGGAUGUCCAGCAGGAGGUGGUGUUUGUACACUUUGGAGACUGAACAGCAGAAAGCCACACCAGAAGAAGAAGAAGAAGCACAGAGAAAUCAGCCCCAGUGGUCUGACGCAGUUAGUAUCUGUACGCAUCGCCCUGUAACUGUAACGGACUUUGGAUGCCGCUAAUAGGACCACCCCAUCGUACGAAGUCGGCGUUUUAAAUGCAGAAACCAGCAUUUAGAACAGUCUCCUGCUGCGGGUUUCCGGAUCAAAGCUCUAUACUGUUUUUAAAGGGAAUGACUCGACCGUCGUUAGCUUUUUCGAAGAUGAAUUGCUACUGAAAACAAACGGUUUUGUGUACCUAGUUACAAGUAUUUAUUGACAUGGCGAGCGGUGCCGUAAAUAAGUUUGUAGAGAUUUGUAAGUAUCUCCAGGAUCCCAUCCAUGUCGCCAGGUUUCAACGUUUCUGCGGCGUUAAAGGGACGUUUCCGGAGAAAUGGACCCAGCCGGUCAGCGGGCAGCCGGACCCGGACUGUCCGGGGCUCAGGAAGAGGGUCCAACAGAGCUCGAAUGAAGGCGUAGGGAACGGAGAUGCCGGCGUACCCCAGGUUAACGGGAAGCAAGAGGAUGACACGGUCAGGCCCGACGGUCCAGCAGCGGUAGAGAUCGUCAGAGCGAAGCCCCUCCGGAGAAACUCCCUGACCGGGGAUGUGGGUCAGGAGUUCCUGAUCCACAACAGGUUCCUCUUCUACCUGUUCACGUUCGGGACCGAGCUGGGCAACGAGAUGUUCUUCAUCGUCUUCUUCCCCUUCCUCUUCUGGAACAUCGACGCUCUGGUCAGCCGGAGGCUCAUCGUGGUCUGGGCCUGGAACCUGUUCGUGGGACAGUCCACCAAGGACAUGGUGCGCUGGUCCCGGCCGGCGUCUCCCCCCGUGGUCAAGGUGGAGGUCUUCUACAACUCCGAGUACAGCAUGCCCUCCACGCACGCCAUGACGGGGACAGCCAUCCCUUUCUGUCUCUUCAUGCUGACCUAUGGACGGUGGCAGUACCCUUUCCUGUUUGGCUUUGGUGUGGCUCUCAGCUGGAGCGUCCUGGUCUGCGUGAGCCGAGUCUACAUGGGCAUGCACUCAGUUCUGGAAGUAAUCACCGGCUUCCUGUACAGCCUUCUGGUUCUCGCCUUCUUCCAGCCGAUCUUGGACAAGAUCGACAACUACUACAUGACGGACCACUACGCUCCUCUCGUCAUUAUCAUGUCGCAUGUGAGCCUGGGACUCGUAGCUUUCUCUCUGGAUUCGUGGAGCACCUCUCGUGGCGACACCGCUCAGGGUCUUGGAACCGGGGCCGGCGCAGCUCUGGCUUCACAUGUGAACUAUCAGCUGGGGCUGCUGCAGGAUCCACCGCUGUCCUCACUGCCUCUAACUCUACCACCAGUCACGACUGGCCUGGUGUUACGCUCCCUGCUGCGCUUCGCCAUCGGGGUCGCCGUCCUCCUUGCCACGAGAAUGGUCAUGAAAGCAGUGACUGUCCCGUUCUUGUGCCGACUUUUCGGCCUACCCUCGGAUGAUGUGAGACAGGCGAGGCAGCAGAUGAAAGUAGAGCUGCCGUACCGUUACAUCGUCUAUAGUGUGGUUGGUUUUAGUUGCGUCUGCUUUGUGCCUAUCCUCUUCUGGAUCUUAAACCUUGACUGAGUAUUGUCUGCAAACUGUUAGGACAUUUUGAUGGACGAUGGCAUUUGGAAACAAACUGCGUGUUUUGACAGAACACAGCUUGUUUUUGGGCUACAGAAGCUUAGUUAAAGGGUAUUUGGGUCAAUAAAUCUGACCAGAAAACUAUGAAAGGAAUUGGGUUUAUAUUAAGUGCUGUCUCUGCCAAAGAAAAUCUAAAAAACACAUUAAUAAACCCAACAAUAACUCAUUAAAAAACAUUUAUUUUUAGUCCCAGGAAACAAUAUGUAUGUAUAUUGGGCCCAUUGAUGCACUAGUUUUAUUUUUUAAAGAUGUACCAAUCAUUAUUUUUCAGUAAAAGUAGUGCAUCCUAAAUUAAACAGGAAAAACUUACUUUAUUCAUGAAAUUAACCAAACGUUGACCAAUCCCAAUGUUUUCGGGUUUUCCGGAGAACUAAAUGCAAUUUAAAAGUAUAGAAGAAAUAUUCUGCGGGUAAUUUUUUAGAAGUUGAAGUUUUGAUGAAGGGAUUACAUGAUUAUCAGUGCAUCAAAGAAAAUGUCCACAGCGGUUGACUGAAUUUUAUCUGUUGAAAUGUUUGCAGCCUGAAUAUGAUAGAAGUUCCUUGUUUUGAUGCAGUUAAUGAAUGGAAAACGGUGAUCGUUUUCAUUGUCUGACCUUUCGGGCUCCCCUUAGAAACGAUCAAAGGAAAAUAAGCCGAUUCGGAUCUGUGGCCGAUUGUUCGGUGCAUCUUUACUCAUAAUGCCUCAUAAAGCAUAAUAAAAAAUAAAAUAAAAAACAUAGUUCUCUCCACAAAUAUUGACAAACAUUGCCCUCUUGUCUUUUGAAGAAUAGCUAAAAGAAGUGGGCUUUCAUGGCAGUAAAUGUAGAUAAGACAGAAUAAUUCUUACUAACUUUAAAUGUCUGGGCAAAAAAAACAUUCAGUUUGAAACAAUGGUUAAAAUCUAUUGCUACUUAUUAAUAUCGUCAGCCUCUGUCUUUUAGUUUUACUGAUUAUAAUAUAAUAAAAAAAAAAAAAAAAACCUUCGCUCAGAUUUUUCUUUUAAAAAUCUACCUGUCAAGAGAUUUAGGUUUCAACUGGACCUUUGCAAAUAUAACGUGUCAGAUGUACUGUAAUGGUUUUCAGUUCACCACUGAAGAACCUGGUUAACAUUUCCACAAUUUGUUCAAAUAUACAACCGUGUUCUUUAAGGAAAGUUUCAGAUUUUCUAAAUAAUUUAAACCACAGAUCAGUGGAGAUCUCUGCAGAUCUCACGCUGCAGUAUUUCAGCUGAGUUUUACAGUAUUUUGAAAGUGCUCAUGCAUCAAGGAAGUUCAUCGGUUUUUGACUUGUAACAAAGUUUUUUGUGCCGUCGCUUGUUUUCUGAGUUAUCCUGUUCAUUGUUUUCUUGUAGACAUUCUUUUCAGUAUUUCUACUGUCUGUUUAGCCCAAAUAUAAGUGCAUUCAAAAAUAAUAGUUUGAAGAAAUAAUUAAAAAAACAUAUUUUUUGAUAAAUUACCUGCAUUUUCUGCUCUAGAAACAAAUUAUCUGUAAAGUGGUCUCUUAUUGUUUUGCUUUCUAAAAGCAUUUCAGCUCACCUUUGUAUACAUUAAUAUAUGAAAACCUUUAUUGUACAACUUUUGCCAUUGAUAUAACUGUUUGUAAUUUGAUGUUCUGUUCUAAAAUAGGUUCAUUCUGGUAUUAAAGCCAGUAUAUUAAUUUCCAUGUAUGGAUAUUUUUCCACCAUCAGUUCUCUUAUUUUGUUUGCUAGGUUAGUGCACAUUAAAAACUUGAAGAAAAAAAAA